GGGGUCCAAUAACAGAGCGUCUAGGCAACCGGACGUGACGCAACGUUUAGAGUGGACGAAUGGGCGGGGUCUUGCCAUACUCGAACGACCCGCCUACCGAGACGGCACAGCGUCCGAUGGAUCCGGUCCCCGUGUGAUUGUGGGCUUUACACGCAGGAACUCACCGUGACCUGUAGAACUAGUCGGCGGCAACAUGAGUUCCGAGCUGUAUAUGGAGUGUGAGGAGGAGGAGCUGGAGCCAUGGCAACGCGAGGUCAUGGAGGAGGACGAGGAGGAGGAGGAGAUGGAUGUAGUUUGUCAAGUCAAACAGGAGGAGGAGUUUGUGAACGGCCCAGGUUUUGCCGUAUCCUCAGCCCCUCCCCCUGCCCCUUCCCUGCUCAGGGCACCUCCUCUGAUUGGCUCCAGCUUUGCCCAUGGAAUGUCCCUCAUUGGCCCAAAUCGUUCCCAGGGCUUGUCUUUGAUUGGCCGUGGUGUUACCCAGGGAACCUCUCUAACUGGCUCAAACAUAACCCCGGUAAUGUCUGUGAUUGGCCCAAACCUUCCAACGAUGAGGUCUGUCGUUGGCUCACAAAACUCCCAGGCAAGGCCUUUGAUUGGCUCCAAUCUCACCCCGGGAUCCUUCACGAUUGGUUCAAAUGUUACGGCGAGAACAGCAGUGACUAGCCCGCAAUUCUCCCUGGCAACGUCUGUGAUUGGCUCAAACCGUGCCCCAGUCGUCUCCGUGAUUGGCUCAAACCGUGCCCCAGUCGUCUCCGUGAUUGGCUCAAACCGUGGCCCAGCCGCCUCUGUGAUUGGCUCCAGCGUCCCGGCGGGGUCGUCUGCCAUUGGCUCCAGUCUCCGCCAGGGCCAGCCCCUCAUCCUGACCCAGGGCCCUGGCGGGACGUUCUUCCUCUCCACCAGCCAGCUGGCCUCCGGCCAACGGCAUAUCACCGGCUCCUCCCCCAACCAGCCCUUCCUCUUCACCACACAGAGCCUGAUGCCCGUGCAGACCUCGGGGGGCGCCGGCAUGCCCAAGCUGCUGCUCAACCUGCAGACGGGCCAGACCCUACAACCCCUCACCCUGAUACAACAUCAACCCUUGGUCCGGGCCAAGAUAGCCCCGAAGGAGCAAGCCUUCAGCGUCACGUCUCCCCCCAGCUCCCUGGCCCCCACCCUGACCUCCACCGCCGCCCCCGUCCGGCUCACCCUGCCCUCCCCCCAGGCCAGUACCGUCCCGCCCAGCCGCUACACCGCGAAGGUCAUCCCCGCCUCCGUGUCCAUCACCACGGCUACACCCAACCCCCCCACCCGGGCCGUCCCCAAGAUUGUGAUCUCCAAGACGCCCAAAGCAGCGAUCGCCACGGAGACGGCGACCUCCGACCCGGCCGCGCCGCUCCGGGUUGUGAUGACGGUGUACGAGUUCUACUACGGUGUCUUCAGCGGGGACCAGGCGCUGCAAACCCGUGGGCCCGUCAAGCUGACCGCCCCCUUCCACUGCAAGAAAUGCCCCUACACCACCAAGAGAAACAUGGAGAUGAUGAAGCACUACUGGCGGCACACGGACAUGGCCCGCUCCAUGCUUCACGAGGACAUGCGGUGCGACGACUGCUUCCGACUCUUCUCCAGCGCCGCCCUCCUGGAGACCCACCAGCUGCACGCCCACCUCUCCAAACCCAAGUCCACCGUGUGUCGUAUCUGUGAGUGGGUCUUUAACAACGAGAUGGAGUUUCUGAACCACAUGAAGACCAACCAUAAGCCGGGAGAGAUGCCCUACGUCUGCCAGGUGUGUUCGUAUCGCUCGUCCUUCUACUCUGACGUCCUGCACCACUUCAGGUGCUACCACUCCGGCCGACGCCAGCUGCUCUGCAUCUUGUGCCUCAAGGUCACCAACAACAUCAAGGGCUUCCAGAACCACAUGGACAAACACAAGCUGAAGGAGGCCCACCCGUGUGCCAAGUGCCGCCUGCAGUUCGUCCUCCCCACGUCCCUGCAGGAGCACAAGCAGCAGCACCACCGCAGCUUCCGCCGCCCCCACCAGCUGACCGGGCUGCCCCCCGGCGCCAUGGUGACCAUCAAGACCGUGGGGACGAACACUAACAGUCUGCCCCUCCCCUCGCGGGGUAAGCUCUCCUCCAGCCACUUCAGAGCGCCCCUCGUCGUCCCGCCCCCACAGCCUCAGCCAAUCGAGAGCAGCCCCCCGGACCCCCCCACACCGCCAGGCCCCGCCCCCACCGGGGCCAAGCUCCAGGACAACAGUGACACCGAGAGUGCGGAGGAGCGUGAUAGGCUGCUGUGUAUGGAGUGCGGCAACACCACCACCGACUUCUCCAGCCACUACCCCGCCUCCGUUUCCUGCCUGCUGUGUCCCUACAGAACCUUCUGCUCCUGCGCCUACGCCUCCCACAUGAUCCAAAACCACGUCUUGGCCAGAGAAAGAGGGAAAAGGCUUCCCCUGCAUCAACGACCUCCUCCAUGCUGCUAUGAGCUGGUGUGUACGCAGUGUGGCUUCGUCUCUCUCACCGGGGACAAGAUGGCCAAGCACCUGGGCCUGCACCGCGGCCACACCUCCAGCACCUGCCGCCCUCACACCACCCCGAAGGAGCCGGACCUCCUGUUGGGCCUCCCGGAGCCCCUCCCGCCCAGCGGCCGCCCGGACCCAGGCCCGCUGUCCUGGACCCGGGCCCCGGGCGGCCCCGUGUGCCGGCGGCCCUUGGCCUUCAAGCAGGCCCGCGGCCCCCGCCACACGCUGGCCCAGAACGCCGACGCCAUGGACUACUUCCUGCUGGCCUACCCCGAGCCCCUGCUGGAGCUCAUCGCCAAGGAGACCAACGCGCACGUCAAGACCCUUCGCUACCUGGGCACGCCCGCUCCCAGCUGGACCCCGCUGGGCGUCCCCGAGCUGAAGGCCUUCCUGGGCCUGGUCAUCCUCAUGGGGGUGCACGGCCUGGCCGACCUGGCCCAGUACUGGGACCCCGUCCGCUUCCCCCAGUGCGACCACGUGGACCGCGCCAUGAGCCUGCGGCGCUUCAAGCAGAUCGCGGCCAACGUGCGCCCGGGCAGCCUGCUGGCGGACCGCGUGUGCGGCGGCGGCUGCGGCGACCCCGCGGACGCGCUGGGCGUCCUCCGGCCCAUGCUGAAGCACCUGGGCGAGGCCAUGUGGAGGGCGUACCGGCCCAACUGCCACCUGACCGUCGACCGCACCCUGCUGCCCGCGCUGGAGGACCGGCCCGACGGCCAGGCCCCGCCCGAGGUCUGGCUGCUGUGCGACUCCAAGUCGGGCUACUGCCACCGGCUGCACCUGCACACCCGGAGGGGGGGGGAGGCGGCGGCGGGGGAGGGGGGGGAGGCGGCGGCGAGGGAGGCGCUGGGGCUGGCCGUGGUCCCCCGGCUGAUGAGGGGCCUGCACGACAAGAACCACCGGCUGUACCUGGCCAACGCCCUGGCCUCGCCCAAGCUCAUGUGCCAGCUGCUCCUCAAGGGCGUGUACGCCUCCAGCUCGUUCCCCGUCCGCAGCCCCGUGCUGCCGGCGGCGCUGUGGCGGGAGGGCGACCUCGCCACGCCGGGCCACUACCUGCAGUGGCGCUGCGGCCCCCUGCUGGCCACGCGCUGGCGGGACGCCAAGGAGAUGGGCUGCCUCUGCACCAACGCCGUGGCGGGCAGCUGCGACACGGUGUGGCGGCGGUCGCAGACGGAGGCCGGCACGCUGGACCCGCUGGCCCGGCCCAUGGCCUUCAAGCUGCUGCAGGAGAACAUGCGCGGCGUGGACAUCUGCAAGCAGCUGCAGGCCUGCAACCCGCUGGGCGGCGUGCCCCGGGACCGCCACUGGCGGAGCCUCUUCUGGCUGCUGCUCAACCUCAGCGUGGCCAACGCCUUCAUCGUGCUGCGCGAGAGCCGCAAGAGGAACCCGCCGUGCUGGGUGGAGGGCGGCCUCUUCUCGCAGCUCAAGUUCCGCCGCCGCCUGGGCACCCAGCUGGCCCGGUGCUACCAGCGGCCCCCGGGCCUGGAGACCCCCGGCGGCGGCGGGGGGGACGGGGGGGACGGGGAGGAGGCGGAGGGGGACCCGCUGAAGGAGGUGCACCGCAUGGCCAGGAUCAGCUUCCGGACGCGGCGGUGUAAGAACUGCGACCCGAAGCAGGGCCGCCACGAGAGCGUGUACGGCUGCUCGGCCUGCAAGGUCAACCUCUGCACGCAGACCGGCUGCUUCUGGGAGUUCCACGCCCUCGACCCCCCCACCAAAGUCUCCCCCAGCGUUGGAUUCACCCGAGACAAAAUAAGCGGCGCCAUCGAGAUAGAAGGCCAGGUCGUCCAGAGGACCGCGGCCACGCCCCGCGUGGACCGCCCCGACGUCCCCGAGGACCAAGAGGAAGAGGAGGGCGACGAAGACGAGGCCGCCGCCGCCGACGAAGACGAAGGAGCAGUGACGGAGGAAGAGGCUGACCCGCUCCGCUACACCUUCAGACCGGAAGACGAGGAGAUGGAGUACCUGGCAGGUGAGGCCGACGACGACGACGACGACGAAGAAGCCGUGACGGAGGAAGCGGCAGACCCGCUCCGCUACACCUUCAGGCCGGAAGACGAGGAGGAGGAGUUCCUGGCAGCUGAGGCAGCGACGCCUCACCUGACGAAGAGAGAAGAAGAAGAAGAGGCAGCGGCGGCGGCCGCAGCGAGCGCCGGGGCCUCCGGGCCUGCAGGGGGCGCCGGGCAGCUGGUCCCACGGUCAGCUGAGGCCGAGAGAGUAAAAGAAGAAGCACCGGUGGCCGUGGCGCGCCGGACGCCGUCCGUAGGGAGCCGGGCGGCGGCCGUAGUGCGCCGGGUGGCGGCCGCGGCGAGCGCAGGGACCUCCGGGCCUGCAGGGGGCGCCCCGGCGGCGGCCGGGCUGGGUGCGCGGCAGCUGCGCGUCUGCCUGGUGGCGCUGUGCUCCGGCCUGCAGCACGCGGCCUGCGAGUUCGUGGUGGAGCUGGCGCAGGUCCGGGCGUGGGUGGAGCAGGCGCGGCGGCGUUGGGGCGGGGCGUCGGCGGGCGGCGUGGGCGUGGGGGCGGAGCCCGGCGAGGACCACAUGCUGGAGUGGGUGUGGUUCAUGCGGGAGCAGCAGCUGCCCGUCACGGAGAGCGGGCUCUUCAAGCACGCCGCCACGCUGAAGAACAACGGCGUGUUCGCCGACGCCUUCCGCAUCUCGUACAACUGGGCGGUGGGCCUGAUGCUGCGGCACGGCCUGGGACCGCCGGCGCCCGGCCACGCCCCCCUCCCGCCGCUGCCCGCCCUCAUGGCGGCCGGCGUGCGCAGCUUCACCGAGUUCACCCGCCGGCAGGUGGCCUUCAACCAGAUCGCGGCGAGCGCGGUGGCGGGCGUGACGCGCCUCAGCGUGUUCCUGGACCGCGGCCUGAUGGCGAGGGGCUCGCCGCCCGCGCUCCGGAGCCACGCCCUGCGGCUGAGCGGCACGGGCACGCCCCUGCUGACCGUCUACCUGACGGCGCUGGCCGACGGCACGCUGCUGCCCGCCCUGGUGCUGCUCUGGGACCCCACCCGGCUGGGGGGCCCCCUGGACGACGCCUCGGACCCCGCCUCCUCGUUCCUGGUGGAGACGGACCCCCACGGCUUCACCUCGGCCGAGGGCCUGGAGGUGUGGGUGAAGCGGGUGUGGCGGCCCCACGCCUCGCCCCCCCCCCCGGCGGGGGGGGGGCGAGGGCAACACCACCGCAAGCGCCUGCUGGUGCUGGACCGCCACCGCGACCACGUGGCCGAGGCCUUCCUGGACGCGCUGGGCCGCACGCGCACGCUGCCCGCCAUGAUCCCGUCGGGCUGCGGGCUGCGGCUGCAGCCCCUGCGGGUGGCGGCGCUGCCCGUGCUGCAGCGCCUCCUGGUGGCGCGCUGGGAGAGGCUCAGCGCCGGGCCCCAGGCGGCGGAGCAUGCGGGCGCCGCGCGCCAGCGGCUGAGCGGCUGGCUGCAGGACGCCCUGAGCGUCCUCCGGGACCGGCCCUCGCUGAUCAGGGCCUCGUUCCGCCUCACGGGCCUGGUCCCCGGGGAGGGGGAGGGGGCGGGGGAGGGGGAGGGGGCGGGGGGGGGAGAGGGGGAGGGCCGGGAGGAGCUGAUCCGGAGCCUGGCCUUCGCCAUGCUGUGUCCCGAGGACCAGGAGCCCGAAGAGACGCUCCCCGUGAAGACGGAGGAACGGGAGGAGGAGGGAGGAGGACGGCCGGAGACGGCCGUGAGGAAGGAGGAGGAGGAGGAGGAGGAGGAGGAGGUUCAUUACUGGGGAGGAGAAGGAGGAGGAGGCGAGGAGCAGAAGGCCGGCACCUCCUCCAAGAGUGGCAGACAGGUGGAGGAGGAGGAGGGGAAGCUAUAGCGGGGGAGGGCUGAGGGCCAGGGAUGAAGAUGAGAGUUGGAGUGCAGGUGUCACACACACUCCGCCCCUGACCCUGAUCCAGGGUGCCUGAAUGGUUAUGGGGCCGGUCCGGGCUCCCAACACCAGUCCCUGUGUUAACAUUGACAAUGAGGUGUCUGUGUCCGUCUCUUCCUUCCUGUUGACCUCCUUUUGUCUCGGGAACAUCACUGGAGGGUUGAAUAACCCUGGUGUUCAACUCGAUGCCACCUUGGUGCUAAUUAUCUGAAAUAAAGGAUUGGUGUCUUUUUGUA